CUUCAUCCUCAAUUGAACCAAUCUCUCAGAGACCGAGAGUCUCAGAUUCAACGCCCCGCAUAGAAACACCGUUCACUGUACGCCGGAUACGCCGGAACGAUCUAUCUCUAUCACGAUCUGCACCCGACCAGAGGGAAUCAAGCGAGUCAUUCGUCGACGCCCUCAUUAUUACGGCACACACAUCUCUUAGGGUCAUUCAUCUCGGCGAUUGUCGCUCGUCGCACGCACACAAUCCACACCGUACACCGGCCUUCUUUUCCUCUCCCCCACGCGCGUCUUUGCCCUCUGGCUCUUGGACAGACAGUUGCCCAGUCCGAGGGGUGACAAUCAGAAUUAAACGGAUCAAAAGCAUCCGCUCGGUCUUGGAAAUUCUCCCAUACGAGUUCAGAACGGAUGCAAGUCAUCUAGAAACAUAGGUCGACCAAUCAUUACAACCGAUAAUCAAAUAUCGUCGACUCGUAACGUCGAUCCGGGUUUUGUCAUCUCGGCUUCCGUCAUUCUGAGAACCGCAAGGCGUUUGAAAUUCUGGAACGUUUUGACAGGUUAUCGUCUGUUCACAGAUUCGUCCAUCUAUCAAGAUCUCACAGUCAUCUUCACAUCCUCAUCAGAACCAACCAUCAAAUCAAAACACCCCUCUGUUCACCAUGACACAACAAUCACCACCUCCACCCCAUCUGGAUCCACCUUUUCGAGGAUACAUAGAAACGACUUUCGACGCGUUGCUCGUUUUCGAAGCAGCCAGACGGGGAAUGAUCCCUCGGGUCACUCGUCGAUUGAUAGAACGUGAACGAGGGAUGGUACAAUCUGGCGCGGUGUUUGUGUUUGACGAACAUGAAAGUGGGAUCAAACGAUGGACUGAUGGUUUGAUAUGGAGUCCAAGUAGGAUAUUGGGCAAUUUCUUGGUGUAUCGUGAAACGGACAAACGUGCAAACCCUCCUCCAACACCCAUGUCAAACAAUGCCAACUCUACAUCCCCCUCUCAGACCUCUCCUGCGGGUACCCCGGGUCAGGUAGCAAGAUAUGACCCAAAUCAAAUGUCCACACCACCGCAAUAUGCCCCCGGAGAAGCAAUGCCACCAUUAGGACAAGGUGCUUUGAAUCGAAAUCGAAGUGCUUCCGACGCUCAAGGCAUGUCUCGUCAUCGAGAACGUCAACUCGUGGGGAGUUUGACCAACAGUCAUAAAUUCAAAGAAGGAGGACUGGUUAAAAAGACAAUGUCAGUCACUGUCAACGGUUUCGCUCAACAUAUGAUCUCGUACUACACCUGCGAAGACGUUUUGGCUGGGAAAUUACGUUGCCCAUCUAGUAUCCCUGAACUUGCCGCGCUCGAGAUUUCGCCCGAGUAUUUGCAUAAGCAAAAUUUUCGAUUUCCCCCAAUGAUCGAAGUGGGACCUGACGGUGUACCACGAUAUCGUGGUGAACCCGAAGAACCAAGUUCGCCUCAAUCACCCGUCUCUACCAUCUCCAUGCAUUCCUCCUUCCCCCCUGGCGACAUGUAUGAUCCAUACAGUGCCCCCGUCCCCAUGCAAUCUCCAUCUCAGCGACAUCGUUCUGUAACCGUACCCAUGCCCAUUCCCAUGCCACCUUCCGGAGGACAAUACGGUGGGGGAUAUAUGGAUCAAAAUAUGUAUCCUCCUGGUGGAAGACCGGGAUCUUCAAGUUCGAUCCAAUCUGGAAUGUCACCUCCCAAUCCUAUCUCUGGUCCAUUACGUCCACAAAGUAGUUCCAGAAGAUAUGAAGCUUUCGGUCCUCCCAACGCUUCCCCACGUCAAACUUCAGGACAAAUGCAAGAACACGCUAGAAGAACAUCACAACAAAUAUAUUAUCCAGGACCUUCUGGACAAGGUUAUGAUGUUAAACCGAAUAUCCAUCAAGGAGGAUAUUCAUAUCAACCACCUUCUACAGCUCCUGGUGCUUUUGCCGAUUUUUAUGGUGCUAGUCAAUCUAUGCCUGGUUAUCCAGCACCUCCACCUCAUGCAGCAGGACAACAAAGUUAUUCUUGGGGUUCAAGUGCACAAAGUAGAUUAUUACCUACUCGACCUGAAAUACCUUCCACUGCAAUUUCACAAGUCAGUUCAAACCAGAACGGUCCUCAAGAUGGUCAGAAUCAAUUUAAUCCUUCACAACAUUCGACUUCUGGUCCAACGACGAGUGGUCCUGUUCAAGAAAAUGCUGGAGGUGGUCAAUGGAAUGGUCAUGUUCAAGGAUGGGAACAUCAUGGUCAUCCCCCCCAUCCAACACAGGGUCAGUUUGUCGGUUCUAUAGGGGAAGAAUGGAGACCAGGUCAAAGUUUGGCCAGUUGACAUUAAAUUAUUUUUUCAACAUCUAUGUUUUGUAUCAACGACCAAUCAUCGUACCGUCGACUACGUUAUUGAAUCAAUACAGAAGUAUUCUAUCAUAUCGACAUAACAAUAACUCAUCAAAAACAUGAUCUUGUCGUCUUUGUCUUCUCCUUUUUGGGUCAUGGUCAAAUUACUCUCAAUCCAUCCCAUUGUCAUUGUACCAACUCCGUGUUACCGUAUCGUUGUGCUCUUAGUUCUUGUAUCGGAGGUAAUCAUCGGAAACUUUUUGUAUGUUUGUUUUAGAUAUGGUAUGGGACUGUGGAGAAAAUUUGUCUGUAACGAGCACCGAGAUGCAUCGUGUUGCUUUCG